AGAGAGAGAGAGAGAGAGAGAGGAGAGCGAGCACUUUACCACUUUUAUACGCUGCACGCAUCCAUCUUAAGAAAACACACAAGCUACAAACAAAGAGUGUUGUGUUGUUCAACACAAGCAGCAACGAACAAAGAGAGAGAGAGAGAGAGAGAGAGAAAGAGAGUCACAUUCGUUCAUUCAUGGCUUUCUUCUUCUCCUUUCACUUCUUCAACUAUACACACUUUAACAUGUCACACAACAACCAAGAAAACAACAACCUUUAAGAUGAAGGCCAUGCCCUUUUCUUUUGAGGAAUUUCAAGGGAAGGGAUUGUGUGAUUUCUCUUCAACUUCAACAACUUCAGAUUCAUUUUCAUCAUUGCUUUUGAAUCAACAAAAGUGGACCAUAGACAAAGAGGAUUAUUUUUGCUAUGUGGGCAACAUUGAACCCACUUCUGUUCUUGAUUCAAGAAGAAGCCCUAGUCCUCCUAUUUCAUCUUCAACAAUGUCAUCUUCUUUAGGUAGUGGUAAUGGAAAUGGUUCAGCCUCAGCACCAAUGGCUGUAGUAGUAUCUGAAAACCCUCUUCCUCUUUCUUCUUCUUCUCAUGAAGAAAGUUUGGAAACUAGUCAAGAAAAAUGUGGUAGUGGUUUAAUGAGAAUGGAGGAUUGGGGUGAGGGUCAAGAUCAGUCACUUUUGAGGUUAAUCAUGGGUGAUGUUGAAGACCCUUCUGUUGGUUUGAACAAACUUUUGCAAAACAGUGGUUGUAAUUCUCAAAAUGUUGAUUUUCAUCAUGGUGGUUUUGGUGUUUUGGAUCAACAUCAAGGUUUGAACAUUGUUGAAACUUCUGUUCAAGGAAAUUACCAUGGUGGUUUUCCUUAUAUUGCUGAGAAUAUGGAUAGUAACAUUCACAAUGCAAAAACCGGUCAUGAAUCGAUGUUUUCGGCUUCUUCUGGUGGUGGUAACUACGAUCUUAUGUUGUCAUCAACAUCAUCUCCUAGUGUGUUUUGUUCUCAACAACAACAACAUGAGUUUGGUGUUGUUGAUGAGAAACCUCAAGUUAUUAACCCUAAUUUUAUGUUGAACCAUAAUCAAGUUCAAUUCUCAGAGAAUCCUUCUUUCUUUGUUCCAUUGUCAUAUCCUCAAGUGCAGGAGCAACAAGUUUUCUCUCAUCAUCAGUUGAAACGCCCGCUUUUCGACAAUGUCGGAAACAAUUAUCAGGUACCGAGGUUACCGGUUUUGGAUUCCGGCCAAGAAGUGUUUGCUAGGAGGCAGACACAGCUUCCAUUGUUUCCUCAUCAUUUGCAGCAGCAACAGCAACAUUCGGUUGUUCCGUCUGCGAAGCAACAGAAGAUGAAUUCUACUACCGGAGACGAUGCAAGCCACCAGCAGCUUCAGCAGAGUAUAUUUGAUCAGCUAUACAAAACUGCUGAGCUGAUAGAAGCUGGUAAUCCGGUUCAAGCGCAAGGGAUAUUGGCGCGGCUCAAUCACCAGCUUUCCCCAAUUGGUAAGCCUUUUCAUAGGGCUGCUUUCUACAUGAAAGAAGCCUUACAGUUAGUGCUUCAUUCUAACACUCAUAAUCUCACGGCUUUUUCUCCGAUUAGUUUCAUUUUCAAAAUCGGAGCUUAUAAGUCUUUUUCCGAGAUAUCUCCUGUUCUUCAGUUUGCCAACUUUACUUGUAACCAAGCCCUCGUUGAAGCCUUGGAAAGGUUUGAUCGAAUUCAUGUUAUUGAUUUUGAUAUCGGGUUUGGAGUACAAUGGUCUUCUUUUAUGCAGGAGCUUGUGUUAAGAAGUAACGGUACUCCUUCACUUAAGGUUACGGCUGUUGUAUCGCCCUCGUCUUGCAAUGAGAUUGAGCUCAAUUUCACCCGAGAAAAUUUGAGUCAGUAUGCUAAAGACCUCAACAUGUCGUUUGAGUUCAAUGUUUUGAACAUUGAAUCCUUGAACUCUUCGUCGUGUCCUCUACCUGGUCAUUUCUUUGAUAGCAAUGAAGCCAUCGGUGUGAACUUUCCUGUUUCGAGUUUCAUAAGUUAUCCAUCAUGUUUCCCUUUGGCUCUUCACUUUAUAAAGCAGCUAAGGCCAAAAGUGGUUGUCACUUUAGACAAAAACUGCGAUCGAAUCGACGUGCCACUUCAAACCAAUGCUGUUCAUGUCCUUCAAUGUUACUCGGCCUUAUUUGAAUCACUCGAUGCUGUAAACGUGAACCACGAUGUACUCCAAAAGAUCGAGAGGCAUUACAUUCAACCAGCCAUCAACAAAAUCAUCCUCGGUCACCACAACCGCUCGCACGACAAACUACCACCGUGGAGGAGCCUGUUUCUUCAAUCCGGAUUCUCUCCGUUCACAUUCAGCAACUUCACAGAAGCUCAAGCCGAGUGUUUGGUUCAAAGGGCACCUGUGAGAGGGUUUCAAGUGGAAAGAAAGCCUUCCUCUCUUGUUCUAUGCUGGCAGAGGAAAGAACUCAUCUCAAUUUCAACUUGGAGAUGCUGAAAAAAUGGCUAAUUAUUACUAUUAUAGCUUAAUAUUUCUAAAAGGUGAUUGGUAACUUUAUUAUUAUGUUGAAGUUUAUUAUUAUGUAAUUGAUUGUGUAAUUUAGGCUUAUUUAUGUGAUCCACACCCAAAUUAUUUGUUAACUAAAUGGGUGGUGGCAUCUAUGAUAUUUCAAAACUUUAUUAUUAGUAUUUGUCUCUUUGAACAUGAUUAGUAAUUAAUUAUGUAUGCCUUUCUCCUUA